AUGAACAAGGACUCCCAGAUGAGGGCCGCCAUCAACCAAAAGCUGAUCGAAAUGGGGGAGAGGGAGAAGUUGAAAGAAUUGCUCAAGACAAAGCUGGUGGAGUGCGGGUGGAAAGAUCAGCUAAAGGCACUCUGCAAAGACGUGAUUCGAGAAAAGGGCUUGGACCACGUCACAGUGGAGGAUUUAGUCACCGAAAUAACACCAAAAGGGAGAGCACUGGUUCCUGACAGCGUGAAAAAAGAACUCCUGCAAAGAAUUCGAGCGUUUAUAACUCAGCAUGCAACCUUGUGA